UCACAUCCUCACUACUGAAUACAUCCGCCAAAAACGACUGAACAAAUAGUAUAUGUUUUAGCAUUAAAUUAAUAUUUUCUGAUUAAAAGUGCCUCAAAAUUUAGGCUUUUGAUUGAUUAUAUAAAUGAAUUGACAAAUUAUAAAGAGUUAGUGCAAAAUGCAAGCCAUUAAGUGUGUGGUAGUCGGCGACGGAGCUGUGGGUAAAACAUGUCUAGUGAUAAGCUAUAUAACAAAUGCCUUUCCCGGCGAAUUCGUCCCAACAGUUUGGGAUAAUUUUACGGCUAAUGUUAUGGUUGACAGAAAGUCCAUAAAUCUGGACCUUUGGGAUACGGCUGGUCAGGAGGAUCACGAUCGACCGCGAAUACUCUCAUAUCCACAAACGGAUGUGUUACUAAUCUGUUUCUCUCUCGUAAAUCCGGACUCAUUUGAAAACGUCAAAUCAAAGUGGUACCCAGAGGUGAGCCAUCACUGCCCGCAGACACCCAUCGUAUUAGUGGGAACUAAACUGGAUCUGAGAGACGACCCGAAUAUUAAGUACAAACUCAAGAUCCGAAACCUGCGGCCCGUGUCGUACGCACAGGGAAUGUCAAUGGCUAAGGAUAUCGGCGCCACUAAAUACCAGGAGUGUUCGGCUCUCACUAAAAAGGGUCUCAAGAAUGUGUUCGAUGUGGCCAUCCGUGCCGUCCUCUGCCCCGAGAGGCCACACAAAUGCACUCUUAUUUGAGUGACAAUUAUUGUGUAGUUUUAAUGUGAUUUUUACUGAUUAUUUUAAUUAUUUAGCUAAUCAUUGGUCAAAUUAAAUUUACCAACAAUUAGUAUUGUUGUAAACCUAU